AUGAGGUUCUUCAGGGCGGUGGACACUGUGUCAGGGCCCCCCAGCUUGGUCAGGCAGAGGCAGGCAGGUAGGCAGGCACCUUCCCCUCUUUCCUGCUUACCCUAUGGGGCUGUGGAUGUGGGGUCAGCAGGGUCAGCUGGGGCUGUCCUUGCAGGGGAGGUUCCCACCACCCGCUGCCGUGGCUGCCAUCAGCCCUGGCCUGACCCUGAGCACCUCAAGAGGGCCAGGCUGCACGUGAAGAGGGCCAUCAAGGAGAAGAAGAUCUUUGUGGUGCAGGGUCCCUACCCCAUCAUCCGCAGCCUGCUGUGGGCCCGGGGCUGGGUGGAGAAGAAGCUCCCCAGGGCAAGCAGGAGGCCAGAGCAGCAUCCUGGCACCCAGAAGAAGCAGCUGCAGGAGGAGAAGGAUGACGAAGAAAGUGAUGGUGAUGAUUCUGAGCAGGGGGAGGCAGUGCCUUUCCUGGGGACCUCAGAGCCCCUGUGCCCCCCAUGGCCACCUGAUGAGGAGGAGGAGGAGGUGGAGGAAGAGCAGUGUGAUGAAGAGCCUGAUGGCAUCCACGAGCUCAUGUCCCAGUUGGUGCAGGACCAGGUACCGUACUUUAUCUGGACCAACCACUGCAGGGCUGUCGACUACAAGCAGCUGCAGCAGGACCAGGUGGUGAACCACUACGCUGGGGUCAGCGCCUUCACCACCAAGGAGGGGCUGUGCCUCAACCUGCGGAACCUGCCCUGGUACAACCAAGCUGACCCCGACACCUUCUUCCCCCGGUGCUACCGGCUGGGAUCUGCGGAUGAGCGACAAGCCUUCAUUGAGGACUUUCGCCUGACGGCAGCUCGCAGCCUGCUCAAAGUGGCCCUGGAGAGGGCUGAGGAUGCACCAGCAGGGAUGGAGCAGCCCCCAAAAUGUGAUGAGGGGCCAGCAGGGCAGCGUCCCCCCUUAGCCCCCCACCUGGUGGAGGAGGCUCUGCAGCUUUGCAGGCAGCACCUGGGCACCCUGAGGCACCAGGACAUUGACAGGAACACCCCGUCCCCCCGCACGGCAGGCACCGACUGGGACCGCUUCCUGCAGGAUUGCUACUGCGUGCUGCGUGAGGGGGCCGUGCCAGUGCUCAGUGGGGCACAGCGGGAGCAGAGCCAGGCCCUGCUGCAGCACAUGGCAGGGCAGCUGCCCCAGCUUGACAUGGAGGGACACCACAACAUCUGGAUCCUCAAGCCUGCCGCCCAAUCGUGUGGCAGAGGUAUCAUCUGCACAGCGCAGCUGGAGGAGGUGCUGAGGCUGGCAGGGAACUUCAAGUCACCCUCAGCAUGGGUGGUGCAGAAAUACGUGGAGCGGCCGCUGCUCAUCUUCGGCACCAAGUUCGACAUCCGACAGUGGUUCCUGGUGACCAACUGGACCCCGCUGACCGUCUGGUUUUACCGGGAGAGCUACCUGCGCUUCUGCUCCCGACCCUUCUCCCUGCGCCACCUGGACGCCGCCCGGCACCUCUGCAACGUCUCCAUCCAGAGGCACUUCCACUCGGCUCGGGGCCGGCACCCCCAGCUGCCCCCUGACCAGAUCUGGUCCUGCUGGCAGUUCCAGGCGUACCUGGCACAGGUGGGACAGGCGGGUGCCUGGCAGCAGGUGAUGGAGCCUGGCAUGAAGGCGGCAGUGGUGGGGGUCCUGUGCAGUGCCCAGGACCUGGUGGGGCCCCGCAAGGGCAGUUUUGAGCUCUACGGGGCCGACUUUGUCUUCGGGGAGGACUGCCAGCCCUGGCUGCUGGAGAUCAACGCAAGCCCCACCAUGGCCCCCUCCUCGGCAGUGACCAGAAGCCUCUGUGCCAGAGUCCAACGGGACACACUGCGCGUGGUCAUUGACCACAGAGAUGACCCUUCCUGUCCCACUGGUGCCUUUGAGCUCAUCUACAAGGAGGCUGCUGUGCCCCAGCCCCGGUUCUCAGGACUGAAGCUGAUGGUGAAAGGCUCCUCCCUGAGAAAGCCCCAGCGGGCACAGCAACGUUCCCACUGCCAACCCUGCCCCUCCCUGCCCAGCUUCUCCCAGCGCCCUGGGCCCCGCAGCUCCUGGGGCAAAGCCAACCCUGUCCCCGCGCUGGGAGCAUCGCGCAGGAAGCUGGCUCCUCUGCGGCCAAAGAGCCGCUGCUGCUCCCCCAGCACUGCCCCCCGGGCACCACCGCAACCUCCCGGGUGCCCUGCUGAAAGUGGGGGGCUGCCGCAGCUCAGCUGCCUGCCUGGGCAGCCCCAGGCAGCUCUGCCCUGGCUUAUUGUCCGUCCUCUGGCCAGGCUGUCUGUCCAGCCACCCCAGGGAGCACCAGCCAGCAGUCCCCGGGGACCUGCCGGACAAGCCCCGUCCUGCCAGGGAGCUGUGCCCACCCGGCACCUGGAUCCCAUGGCCCGGCCCAAGGCGGCCAAGCCCCCUGCAGGGCGAAAGCCUGUGGUGGCUCCUGGGAGGAAGCAGAAGAGCCAUGACACUAAAGGAAACCAAGGAGUGGACAGCAUCCUGCCUAUCCCAGCUAGAGCAAUACGGUGGCACCCAGUUCCCCUGCAGCCCAGUUGGGCCCCAUCUCUGGGCUGGGGCACCCAGCCCCUCCCCCCCGGGGGCUGCAAAACAUGUCUGUGA